AUCGCUUUUUAUCAUUUUCUUGAAUUCUGUGUGCUACUUAUGUGGGCUUGCUUUCUUAAGUCAUUAAACAUGAGGAUACCUUCUCAAUUUAGCGUGAUGCCUCACCGCAUCCACAUUUCGUUGGUCAUCAGUCUGUCGCGGUGCACGAACCUAGCCACGACACUGGCCUUCUUGUACGCUUCUUUCCUGAUGCUCACAGCUGGCAGCAGGACGCCGUCCACAUCGUGGUCCUGCACCUUGUUGUACCUGGCAUCCUUCGCUACGCACUUUGGAACACAAAUAUGGAUGACUUUCAUAUCAGGUAUCGUGCUGUUUUUCAAACUUCCCCGAAAAAUAUUUGGACUUGUGCAGAGGCAUCUCUUUCCGAACUACUUCCUCUUAAACUCCGUCCUAGGGUUCCUAACUUUGUGGAUAUUUAUCUUGCAGAAUCCAGAAUCUAUAACACAAAGAUGGGCUUUGGCAAUAUGUUUCCUCUGUGAUUUGUCCGGCAUGAUGUACAUAGUGCCAGACAUGAUCGAGACAAUGACGGAGCGGGCAAAACUAGAAGAAGCAGCCGGAAUCGGACAGGAAGUUGUAGGUCGCUUUACGCCCACAGAGAAGCUGAAAUCCUGCCCUGGAUACUCAGCACUGCACGCAAGGUUCAGGAGAUUCCAUGGUCUUUGCGCCAUAGUGAACAUGCUAGCCAUGGUGUGUAACAUGAUACAUAUGUACCAUCUAGCUUGCAAGCUGAUAGACCGGUGAUGGAUGAACUAGUGGACUUCAGGUAGCACCAACACGGAAACAGUCUCUCUAAAGAUUGACUCAUGAAGAAAACCGGUGAUGGACCAAGAUUCUAAGGCCGAAGGAAUCUUCCACGAGAAGCUUCUUCGCCUGAUCCAGGAGAUAGAUCCGAGAAGGAAAGCACACACUUGUCAAUUUUUACAAGUGUCCAGCUGCUGGCACACAAUUGUAAUUCAACCCUCUUGUGGUACAACGAUGAAAGUUAAAAACCAAACAUUAUUGAUUGAAAUACAGUAAUGAUUUGUUUUGCCAUUCAGUUUUUUUAGUCUCUUUUUAUUUCAAUCUGAAAUUAAAUAAUUCUAAAUGUACUCCAGAGAACAGUCAGAAUUUUUUUUCUGGGUGUUAGCUCCCAAAAUACAAAAGAUUCUUUACAAGUAUAUUUUAUGUACACACCGCUUAACUUCAGUACGUCUUUUUAAUUUUGUGUGAAUUUCUGCAUAUGAGGCACCUACAGUUGGGGCAAACUUAACCUGGCAGUGUCGUGAUGCAGCGAUUAGGAUCUGCGAAGUCAUCAUUCACGCUACCAGGUUAGGUUUGCCCCAUCUAUAGAAGCAAAGGGGCGUAAAUGCUAAAUUUUGAGUUGGGAGAUUAAUAGUACAAGUGGUAGGAGAAACUCUCAUUUGUUUUGAAGCAAGAUAUAUCAAAGGUAUUCUUGACAGGGAGCUGCUAUACAGUAUGAUUUAGAAAAAAAUAACGUACAAUUAAAGUCUAUCAAGGGUAUGAACUUUGAAAGCGUUUUACUCAAAACUUAAAAAAAAAAAAAAAGAACAUUCACAUCCCUUUGCUUCUUACUGCCACAUAUCAGACGGAAUUCAAGCUAUUUACACAUGAGAAUAAGUUAUGAAGAGCCAUUAUAAUGCAACUUGUAAUAAAACGAUUCCAUUGUGCUAGAACCCAUUUAAGAUAUAGAGAGGAUAUUUUUCUUACAAUCAAAAUGGCUAAAAAUUAAAUAAAUGUUGACUAAAAUGUUUCAAAAGUAUUUUAAAUUAUUUCGUUUCUAUUUUAGAAACGUAUCUCAUUCUUUGCUGCCAGCUUACUAAUUUUGUAUUUCCAAACUUUGCUUCUGCAAAGUUCUGUGAAUUACAAAUUAAAUUAAUAAUACCAAUGUAAAAUAUAAUGGCGUAAGUGUAUAUUCUGGAAGAGGGAAAAUGUAAUAUAUCCUAGAUGUAUAUAAUGCUUUUAUCACAGAAAAAAAAAGCAAAAGCCAGCAGCCAUUUUCAGAAUAAGCAGAGAAACUUUUAUAUAUACACUUUUCAUUUCAUCACUAUCACUUCUCAUGUAUUUAUUGAAUUCAUUAACUCAUAUAUUUAUUGUUCAUUAGUCGAAGGUGCCCCGGAACAAACAAUUCCGUGAUCUUUGUGAUAUUUUAGGGUUUUACAA